CGGAUGGGUUUAAGACGACAGGUAAGCCUUAUGACGUGAAAAAAAUAAUUUGGAAGAGCAAGCAUUGACGGCGAUAGGUCAACAUCCUCCCAAAUACGAUCAGCUCUACCCAUAUAGUGCUUUCCCCAAGCGCGUUGAGGGGCCCACUGUCUGGCAACCUGAAGACUAUUCCAACAACCCUGAGCGAUGGGUCCACCAAUUUUCUGAAGAGGAAAUCGCUGAGCUUUCCGCUGCAGCGGACAGAUUUCAGGAGCUCAACCUGCCGUUGACCGGUAUCAGCAAGGACAACUUCCCGCUGCCAGGCCUAGCAACGUCCUUAGCCUCGAUCCGCCGGGAGCUGUUGAACGGCAAGGGUUUCAUUCUUUACAAAGGAUUUCCCACGGAACAAUGGGGAAGCCACAAGUCGGCUGUGGCCUACAUGGGUCUUGGUGCCUACAUUGGCUACCCUGUAUCACAAAAUGGAAGGGGCCACAUCCUUGGACACGUGAAGGACCUCGGCGACGACAGCACACAGAUCGACAAAGUCCGUAUUUACAGAACAAAUGCUCGCCAGUUCUUCCACGCCGACGACUCGGAUGUUGUCGGUCUGCUGUGCCUUUCCACGGCUGAGUUCGGCGGAGAGUCUGACGUGUCUUCGAUCCACGCUGUUUGGAACAUUCUUCAAGAAGAGCGACCGGACAUCGCCGAGCUGCUCACCAAGCCCGUCUGGUACUUCGACCGCAAGGGUGAGGUUUCUGAGGGCGAGGACCCGUAUAUCCGGACUGCCGUCUUCUACCUCGAGCCAGAGGACCCGGCCAACCCCGAGCGCGAGCAGCGGGUGUACUGCAAGUGGGACCCUUACUUCGUCCGCAGCUUAAAGAGAUUCUCCGAUGCAGGAGUGAUCCCACCGCUGUCGCCAGAGCAAGUUGAGGCUACCCAGCUCCUGGAGGACACCUGCAACAGGGUGAGACUGCACAUGGUUUUAGAGGUCGGCGACAUUCAGUUCGUGGCCAACACGCACACGCUACAUGCCAGGACAGCAUACAGGGACUGGAGCCCUGACUCUGGCAAGCCUAGACGCCACCUGAUGAGACUGUGGUUGAGCGUCCCGGAGGAAGAGGGUGGCUGGAGGUUGCCGUUCUGGGACACCAAUGAGAAGAAGAGAGGAGGAAUCCAGGUGGACGACACACCGCCUGUUGCUAGGCUCGAUGCUGACUAGAUACCGCAGGCCGGGGUCAUGAGCAGAGUAGUUGAUUUUUGAGCGAAACAAUAUAUCCGUAUAGUUGUAAAAGUUUAGACUUAUACAUAUUCAUUUUCAAAAAGAAAAACAAGAAAAGAAGAGCAAGUUUGUGAGAUAAAUUACCAGAGGCUUGAGACGGGGAUUGGCCAUUUGACACUCCAAGAUCGACAGGUUGAGAAGUCAGAGAGGGCUUGCAAUGCUCGGGUUCAGAUAUGUGGUGUUUCCGUAAAAUGCCGUGAUUCAAUAAGUUAUAUGCAAGUGAGUCAGGGUCGUAUCUGGCGCCGUACCUUGCGUACAAGCCAGACGACUGCUCAAUG